AUGACUGCAACUGAGAAACUCAAAUCCCGUUUCCCUGAUCUCAACUUUGUGAAGCCACUGCCCGUGGACAAACACCCAAGGUAUGAAAAAUUCGGCAUCAAGUUCAGUCCAAACAAGCGCACCGUGCUUCCCAAAGGUCAUCUCAAAGAGGAUGGCCGCAAAAAGGUUCUUGCAGAUACCCUAUUGAAUAGCGACACUCCAAUCAAACUACGAGAUGGAGUCCAUGAGUACGCUGAUAUUUUCCGGCCGGUCACUUCUGAUGAGCAUCCCGUCCCUGCUGUCAUUUGCUGGAGCCCGUAUAGAAAGACCAGUAUUAGUCUUGAUAUGAUUUGGCAUCGCGCAGGAGUCCCCAAGGGUUGGAUUUCUGGUUAUGAGACAUUUGAGGAUCUCGAUCCUGCAGAAUGGACCCGCCGAGGAUACGCAAUCGUGAAUGUUGACGCUCGCGGGGCGCAAUUCUCAGAGGCCAUGGUGCAACGGUCUCAUCCUGCAUUGAAGGCACUUGCUCCUUGGGAGGGUUUUACAGAUAUCUAUCGACAAUUGUACCUCCGUGGUGAAUUUUCAAUGAACAAUGUCUUUGCUGCGCAAUACCAAGGGGGGGUAGCUGGAGGAGAGGGCGUUGAGGAUGUUGCGCAAAUGGUGAAGACACAUCCCUUGUUCGACGAUUAUUGGACUCAGAAAUAUGACGAAGUCUUGAAUAUCGAUGUCCCAAUCUAUGUAUUGGGAUCUUUUGGUAAUUCGUUCCAUGUUUACGGGUCAUUUGAUACAUUUCGACGCGCGAAAUCUACCCACAAGUGGAUGCGAGUUCACGCUCGUUUUGAGUGGUAUGAAAUGUACGAGCCCAAACCCAUCGACGAUUUGCAGCGAUUCUACGAUCGGUAUGCCAAGGGGAUCAUGAAUGGCUGGGAAACAGAUACACCAUCACUGCGCCUAUCCCUUCAUGGUUUUGGAACAGUGCCAAAUAUUGCUGAAAGAUCGGAAAUCGGGUUCCCACUGCAACGCCAGCAGUUGAGGAAAUAUUAUCUAGAUGCCAGUGUUAAGAGAUUGACGUCGCUUCUUCCGCCCGAUGAGGCUGUUGCGUCUUACGAUAGUCAAGACUUGAAUGCGUCUUCAGACUUCACUAUUAAUUUCGAUGAAUACCCCGAGAUUGCCGGGUAUACAAAAGUGCGGCAAUAG